AUGGCCAAGUUUUUGAAUGUUGGCGUAUCCAGCGCGAUAACAGUGGCGCAGUUUGUGUCCAUGGCGUUUUUAAUCAUUUGCUGUGUAACAGCGCCUGUGUUCAAGCAAAUAGGACUGUCCAAGGCCGAUGGAAUUGUUUUCGGCACUUUCGGCUAUUGCGAGCAAGGUAGCUGCACUUCUGCGAGUGCAAGCUACCAUCCAGAGCAACUGGCUACUUCUGAGUCUUGGAAAAUGGGAACUACGGCACGCGAAGCGUUAGGUAAGAUUCUGAUUAUAAUGCCCGUUGCGGCUGGGCUUUCUUUCUUUUCAAUGCUUGGCAGCUUUGUAUCGCUUUUUGGGGCUAUUGGUACUAGUGGGGCCGCUUUUGUGAUCAACUUGCUUCUGUCAGUUAUCGCUUUUGCUGGGUCGGCGCUAAUGUGCAUUGUCGUCUUUCUUCUCUUCUAUCCCAACAUUACUUGGUGUGGAUGGCUUCUGAUUCCUGCUGCUGCUAUCAAUCUAGUUUGCAUACCUCUCAUCUUUUUGUCAUAUUCAUUAGCUCCUUCGAAAAAUCAAGAUAGUGACGCCGAAAGUGAUUAUACGGACCGUCAAGGAUUAACGUCGCUUGAUCAGCCUCCCUCAAAAGACCUUUACGAAGAAGACGUGUUCUAUAACAGUUCAAAGAAGAGUGCACUCGAAAAACCAGCCUACCCUGACUUCUACAAAGGUCCAGAAAUAGCUACUUCAACCACUCUGAACUCAGGUACCACAGACUCUCGGUCAGAUCGGGAAAAACUGCUGAACGACAAGCCCUUGUCAAACCCAGUGUUGAAGACCGCCUAUGGAACUGCCAAAAUCAUGAAGCCGGUUACCGAAGACGCCGAGAACGACUUUUCGUUUGAGAACAACACUAAAGAAACCUUGCCUUACUCGGCUAUAGCUGGCUCCCAAAGGGACGAUCACGCCUCGAUAGAGAUGAGCGCCCCUGCCGCAGCUGCCAUGAACGGCUAUCGCGACCCGUCUAGCACUUCCUCCUUUUACUCCGAAAGAGACCACCGUGCAUCACGUCAAGACACUCUGAACACGGCAGAUUUGCAGCCUUCCUCAGCUUUGAAUGUUGAUGCUGAUGCUAAAAAAGACAAGUCCAGCAAAGACGUGCUACAGCACAUCAUCGAUAACGCAAUUGACGAAGAUGAUGAGGAGUUCAUUAAGCAACAAACAAUUGACCCUAGUGAGCGCCCGUACCUAGAUGAAGAUGACGGGAUCAAGGAUGACGACUCUGACUUCACUUCUGUAUCGCAGCGAGGUAUCAAUCCUAACUACAUGCCCUUAAGCAACGGUGUUAAAAGCACAAAUUACCCACCACAGCCCAUGAAGACGCAUGUUCCCAGGACAAUCAACUAUCCAUCAGUUCCCCUGGGUGGUGCCCAGGUUCGUCCACUUGUUCCUCUCGAUCACCAAAGAGCUCCCAUGAAUCAUCCAAGGAUGGUUGCCCCACAAAGGGUUCCGCACAUGUAUCAACCUCAACAGCCUGUUCCUAGAGGUUAUGUGGCCCCUCAACAAGGGUACCGCCCAAGUAAUGCGCCAACAGCCUCUGAAGCGGUGCUUACGACAAACCCCGACUUUAUGAUUCCUGGAGUCCCCUCUGGGGGGCUGGGUGCAAAAAGAGCGCAACGCCAGAAUUACGCCCCACCAUCUCAUUCGGUAUCUUCUACACACUACAGACCAGCCUAUAAGAAACGCCUUCCAAGACAAAACAUGCCGCCCGCAUCAAUGUCUCGAGACGGUCCUUACUCUGGAAUGAUGUAG